AUGAAAACUCAAUCAAAGUACAUUGCUUAUGCAAAUUUAGGCGCCGUUGCGCUUGAUCUCGGACAUGGAUUGCUCUCUCCCGUGAAACCAAUCGUCAACGAGAACGGAUUGCCCUUCUUUCAAUAUGUCGGUUUGCUGAGCCUUUGGAAUGUUGAUGUUCGGGUGCAAGCUACGAUUCUCCUCGUGAUCGCUUGGCAUAUGGGCUUUGCUUUGCAUGGUCUCUUUAUUGGGGCUUUGUUUCGGAUUCUGUCUAAUGGAUGUUCAAAGCGCUUGGUGACAAAAGGAAUUGCCGUGAUUUCUUUGAUGAAUGGAAUUGCAAUCACCGCCUAUUCAAUCAAUUUUUUCCUUUGCGGAAACGAGGCUGAGUACUCGGUUAAUUCAACAUCUCGUAGUAUAUUUGUGAAAACAAGAACUCCGAUCAAUGUGAGUUUCAUCUUGUGCUUUGGAAUCCCAUUCCUCUGUCUAUUGGCACUGUUUUGUGUUAUGUGGAGACAUUUAUCUUCGUUUCAAAUCGAGACUUUAUCGCGAACGUGUAUCAGAAGACAGAAAAUGCUUUUUGCUAACAGCUUUAUACAGUUUCUCGUUCCACUUCUUUUUUUCGCGAGCCCAACCGCGGCCCGCUUAAUUGUGAACCGACUUGGAUCCUCGCAAUCAGAAGCUGUCAUGGACUUUUCGUCGUUUAUUCGCACUUUCUAUGGCUCUGUUUUCACGCUCAUCACAAUCCUCCUCUAUCGACCGUAUCGAAAGUAUUUUACAGACAGAUUUCGAUACAGAAAAAGAUCCGAGCAAACGGAAGCGAAAAAGCUAACCGAAUCUUUUCCGCUCGCUUCG